AUGGCACCGGAACCAGACCAAGAGCCGCUGAUCGACAGUAACCCACAGCUACAGUCUUACUAUCAAUCCCUUGAAUCGAGAAUCGGGUAUCGGCUACUUUUGGGUGGGACCCGCCAUUUUGGAUUCUACGAGAAUGACACUUGGUGGCCAUUUCCGAUAAGCAAGGCUCUCCGCGCUAUGGAAGACAAGUUGGCGGCAUCGCUAAAUCUCUCACCUGGCGCCUAUGUCCUUGACGCCGGGUGUGGCGUCGGCCACGUUGCUAUUACUCUAGCAACUAAGUACGGGUUCAGAAUUCAAGGCAUUGACAUCAUUCAGCACCAUCUGGACAAGGCAAGACGGAAUAUCGCUCGAUCAGGUCUUUCAGAAGGUCAGGUUGCUGUUCGGAAAAUGGACUAUCACCAUCUAGAAAAGUUCGGAGAUCAAACAUUCGAUGGUAUUUACACAAUGGAAACGUUCGUUCAUGCUACAGACCCAGAGGCCGUCCUAGCUGAGUUCUUCCGUGUGCUGCGCCCCGGUGGCCAUUUGUCCUUGUUUGAGUACGACCAUGUGCUGGGAGACGACUCCCCUGAGGAAAUGGCACGUUUCAUGCGCAAAAUAAACGAAAUUGCCGCUAUGCCGACAAAUAGCCGGUCUCAUCCAGGCGUAUUUCAGCAGAUGAUUGAAGACGCCGGAUUCACAAAUGUCGUCGUCCGGGACUACUCGGACAAUAUAAGACCGAUGACACGGUUAUUCUACCUGCUUGCCUAUAUCCCUUUUCUUCUGGUUACACUCCUUGGCCUGGAACAUUUUUUCAUCAAUACCGUCGCGGGUGUUCAGUCCUAUCGCGGCCGUAAUCACUGGAGGUAUUUAGCCAUCUCAGCUACGAAACCAGGCGGCUCCAUUGAGGCAGUGAAAGACCGGUGA